AUGCUGCCAUUCUUUUAUUUCCUUUUAUUUACUAAUUUGGUUUUGGGUUCUCUGGGGGAAUGGGAUGCGUAUGUUCCGUGGAAGAAGAAUAUCUUGGAGAGGGAUAUCGAGCCAACUUGUUCAUGCACCGACCCUGCCGCAAGAGAAUGGUCCAGCGAUAAGCACUUUUCUGAUACUGCCGUCUCUGCCGUUGCACCAAGUGGCUACACUCAGACCAUCAGCAAUGCUCAUACCUGGACAACAGGUGAUGGUUUCCUCGGGGUCGUCGUGAUCGAUGAAUACGACGUAGCAACCGGUGCUUUUCUUUGCGAUUCCCUCGAUGCUUGCUCGUCAUUCCAGAUCUACUUUGAGAAAGAGGAGGAGUCCGAGGCUGUGAUCAAGGCCGCUUUCUGGGCCGGUGCCUUCGCUGCUGCCGAUUCUACCACCGCAAAUGCCGUUGUCGCUGGUCUUAAUGGAUAUACAAACAAUACUUUGGCUACCCCAGAUGGCUUCGAAGUCCCUUCAUAUGUUGGCAAUCAAGCCAUUCGACCUCCACCUGGAUCUAACUCUUUUAUUGAUUCGAAGAUAUUCCAUGGCCCUUUCGAUACGGCUCACUGCUCAAAGCAAUGUGACGUGUUAGGAGGAAAAUUCUUCAAUACCUAUGUUGUCGCGAAGAAUGGUGUGAAUCAAGGUCAAUAUUGUGAUGUGUACACCGAUGCUAUCGGGCAUGAAUGGGCUACAGAAUCUGGAAGCACAGUCGGUAGAACCAAUUGGACCAUCUCCCACAGUUUCACCUGUAAAUGGGCGGGUGAAAAGCGCGGUGAGGAUCUGAGCAGGAGUUCAACUGCUACCUCAACAACUACAAUCGUUCAAGGCGGUGGCAAGAAAGGUUCGUGGGAGCACCAUCAUCCAUGGCAUGGAAAUGGCCCAAGGGCUACCACAACAUCCUUCAUUGCCUCGACCACAUCCAAGAGUUCAAGCUCCAUUCCUGCUGGGGUGACCACGACUACAUGGGGAUCAGGUACUUUCACUCAUCCUCACGGAAGUUCGUCUACAAUUCCACAUGGAUCUAGUUCCUCGUUUGUUGAUCCUAUUGGACACGGUUCAACGACUUCAACAAGUUCAACAGCAAUUACAACUUCUACACCUGGACAUCCAUGGCCACAUGACACCACGAGCUCACAGACAAUAAGUUCUCACAGCACAAUGGACCCGCACUCAUCGCACAGCACAACGGAUCCUCAUCUAUCACACACUACAACGGACCCUCAUCCAUCACACACCACAACGGAUCCUCACCCAUCAGGCACCACAACGGAUCCUUACCCAUCACACACCACAACGGAUCCUUACCCAUCACAUGCCACAACGGAUCCUCACCCAUCGGGCACUACAACGGAUCCUCACCCAUCAUACACCACAACGGAUCCUCACUCGUCACACACAUCAACGGAUCCUCACACAUCGGGCACCGCAACGGAUCCUCACUCAUCACACACCACAACAGAUCCUCAUCUAUCACAUACGACAACCCCAUCUCAACCCGCUACUACCUCCACUCCAAACCACUCCCCAACAACUACUCCAAGAGUUCUGCGUACUACUUCACACUCAGUAACCACGCUCCCUCCCGGCUUCCCUGGUCAUAAUACGACGACUGGGGCAUGGCUCCAUGGAAACCAUACAGGCUCUGAAUGGCUGGAUUGGCUCGAGACAUCUAGUAGGUCGACAUCGACCUUGGUAGUGGAUCCCGCAACCAGCACCCUCUCAACAACUUCUAAUGGGCCCUUCACCACAACCUCAACUCUGAUCAUUCCAUCGCAUCCAGUAUACAAUGGGUCACACGGUGGCAAUGGAACAAAUCAUACCUGGGGCGAUUGGCUAGACUGGAAUCGAACUCUGUCAUCUUCUACAACUUCCACAUUGUUCGUUGAUCCAGCAAUAACUUCGACUACUACUUCAGUGGCUCCCUCCACUUCACAGACCACAACAACCAGUGUUUAUCCCUCGAUCCCACCUUUCAAUGGAUCGUAUCCUCAUAUCAAUUGGACCGAUUGGUCGUCGAACCACACAAACGGUUCUCACUGGUAUGAUUGGGUAUUCAAUGGAACAACCACGACUUCCUUCCAGGUUGAGCCCCAAACUACCACCGCAACAACCACCUCUCUCGUGCCUGUUGAUCCCGCAACUACAUCAACAACCACGAGUGCAUAUCCCUCGAUCCCAGUAUUCAACGGUUCAUACCCUCAUCUCAACUGGACUGAUUGGUCGUCAAAUCAUACGAAUAGUUCCCAUUGGUAUGACUGGGUCUACAACGGUACCUCGACAACCUCGGCUUCCAUUGUGGAUCCCGCCACGACAACCUGGUCGCUGACUACCGUCACCGCCACUCCGUUGACCACAUCGACGAGCGGAUACAUUCCGACCCCACCAUAUAAUGGGACUCAUCCCUGGAAUGGAACUUUACCCAAUGGCACGCACUGGUAUGACUGGAUCUACAAUGAGACAACCUCAUUAAGCACUAUCUCAACAUUGGUUGUCGGCCCUGAGACAACUACAACCUCAAGUGCUUAUUUGACCACUACCACCACCGGUGCUGCCUACCCUCCAACUUUCCCACACAACGGAACUCUUCCCAACGGAACUCACCCCUGGAACGGAACUUUGCCUAAUGGUACACACUGGUACGAUUGGCUGUAUAAUGAGACCACUACGUCUUUGUCUACUACCACUUCGGCCUUUGUCGCUCCUGUUACCACUACCACGAGCGAGUACGUGACUUUAACGAGUGCAUAUCCAACCAAUCCUCCAUUCAAUGGCACGCUUCCAAAUGGCACUCACUGGACGGACUGGAAUGGGACCCUGCCUAAUGGAACUCACUGGUACGAUUGGCUCUACAAUGGCACUACCACAUCGUUGAUUACCACCACCACUUCCACACUGCUUGUAGAUCCCUUUACAACGACUACAACUACAAGUGCUGGGUACCCGUAUCCAACAGGCUCGCCAUUCAACGGGACUCUUCCAAAUGGCACUCACUGGACGGACUGGAAUGGAACCCUGCCAAAUGGAACCCAUUGGUAUGACUGGCUGAAUAAUGAAACCACGAGUUCAUUACCAAGCACGACUACAUCCAGUUUGUUUAUUGAGCCUACCACAAGCUCCACUACCACAGUUGCUUAUAUCACAACUAGCCGUGCCUAUCCCUCCGGAAUCCCAUAUAAUGGAACUCUGCCCAACGGGACGCAUUGGACAGACUGGAACAUCACCUUGCCAUUCAACGGAACUCUCCCUAACGGUACGCACUGGUAUGACUGGCUGUACAAUGGCACGUCCACGACCAGUGCGAUCACAACUACCACUUCACUAUAUGUCGAUCCUGCCACGACCACCACCAAUUUCCAGACUACAACCAGCGCUUAUCCAGCUCAUCCAUCUUUCAAUGGAACUAUCCCUAACAUAACAUGGGCAGAUUGGAAUGGAACGCUUCCUAAUGGCACUCACUGGUAUGACUGGCUCUAUAAUGGUACUUCGUCGUCCGCAAUGGUCCCGACUACCACCUCCACCCUAGUUGUAGAUCCUUUGACGACCACCACCACCGCUCUGACAACAAGCGCAUAUCCGACAUAUCCUUCCUUCAAUGGCUCUCUUCCUAAUGGCACCCACUGGACGGAUUGGAACGGAACUCUACCAAAUGGUACUCACUGGUAUGAUUGGUUGUAUAAUGGUACUUCCUCAUCCAUGCCAAUUUCUACGACCACAUCAACUCUGUUCGUUGGCCCAGCUACUACAACCACCACUCCUUUGACCACCACAGCUGCUGUUCCUAUAUAUCCUGCUUAUAAUGGAAGCCUGCCCAAUGGCACUCACUGGACGGACUGGAAUGGUACCUUGCCUUUGAACGGCACACUACCAAAUGGCACCCACUGGUAUGACUGGCUCUAUAAUGGCACUAGCUCUUCGACAACCAUUUCUUCUACCACACCGUCCACUCUGAUCGUUGAGCCCGCCACAACAAGUACUAGUACGAUUAGUGCGUAUCCAACAUAUCCCUCAUUCAAUGGAACAAUUCCUAAUGGUACGUGGGCUGACUGGAACGGAACCUUGCCCAACGGGACUCACUGGUAUGAUUGGCUAUAUAACGGAACCACGUCAAGCAUUGUGAGUACUACAACUACUAGCAUAACCCCGUUAGCGACCACGACUACCGGUGCUUAUCCUCAUUCCCCAGCAUUCAAUGGAAGUCUUCCCAAUGGCACCCACUGGACGGACUGGAACGGCACAAUUCCCCUGAAUGGGACUCUUCCUAACGGAACGCACUGGUAUGAUUGGCUGUACAAUGCCACCACAUCCUCAAAGCCAGUUAGUACGACGACCUCAACAUUGUUUGUUAAGCCUUCUACUACAUCGUUGCUGACAUCGAGCACAACUAAUGCUUAUCCAAGCCACUCACCAGUGAUCAAUGGAACCUUGCCUAACGGAACCCACUGGACGGACUGGAAUGGCACAAUUCCACUAAAUGGUACCUCUCCAAAUGGGACACAUUGGUAUGACUGGCUGUACAAUGGCACGACCUCCAGCUCUACAUCAGUUGUAGGGGCGAUGACUACCAGAACAACUUGGACUUACGCUACUCCAACAACUACUGGUCUAGGGUCACACAGCAACACUUCAAUUCCUUCAUUCCCACACAACGGAACUCAAGGCAACUCAUCCUUCCCUGCAUUCCCACCCAGCAACAAUUCGUACCCGCAAAGUAACGCGUCAUGGGUCGAAAAUGGCUGCGAUCCAACACCACCAUCUCAAAUUUUGAAGAACCCGUCGUUUGAGUGCUCUCUGGGUGGCUGGACAUUGCAAGAGGGAGAUGUUGUUUGGGGAGGUUUGGCCGCUCCAGCAAAGAAGAAGAGAAAGACGAGGAAACGAGACAUCGCCUCACCAGAUCUAGCUUCAAAUGGCAAGGGAUUUGUUCGUCUGCAUCCAAGUUCUUCUGACACUGCCACACUCUCCCAAGUUCUUGAUACUGCUGCACCUAAUGGAAGCUACUGGUACUCUUUCGAUUACAGAGUUCCAACAUCUGGCGACACCCCGGCCGAAUGUACACUGACAGUAUCGGAUGAUGAAGGUGUUCUUCAGGUUCUCUCUGGUCUUGGCUCUGCUACUGGGUGGACCAAGACUGGAAACGAAUUCGAGAUCAAGGAGUCUGCAGCCUCAUUCUCCUGGGCGUUCACUUGUAAUGGUGUGGACACCGGGUCGGCCCUCUUGGAUCUCGAUAACCUACGACUUGGCACAAGCAAUGGCACCUGGACACCCGCGAACGGAACCAUUGGAGGUGCGCCUCCUUCUAAUGGCACAUAUGGCGGUCCCCCGGUGAAUGGAACUUAUACAACGCCGCCGCCGCAAAAUCUGACGUUCCCUACUGCCGCACCUCCACCACCUCCAGCAAGUAUCACCAUACCAAGUCCACCACCGAGCCACAGUGAUUCACCUUACUCGGUGCCGACAACUAGCAGCGGACCUUCACCUUCUGCUACGCAAUCAACAAGUGGACCAGACCCCAACACUCUCAACCAGAACACUCCACCACCUCCAGAACCCGCCGGCACUCCCGGUAACUCAACCACAGCACCACCAGAUAGACGGUUCAGACCUCGUCGAUGGAAGCCGACACUAUGA